AUGUCCGAAGCCUACAAAAACAAAGACCUAAACGACAUUGCCCACAAAGCAGAGCAAGACGCAAACAGCCACGCUGCUAAACACGGGCAUACACAUGGUGAUUCCACAAUCGACUCAGGCAUCGACUCCGCCGCCGCCGAGAAAAACUUUGCCGGCGCAAACGUAACAUACGGUUCCGCAGCCAGCGGUAGCGGUAACAACCGCGAUAUCCCGCCUGAAGAGGGCGGCGAGGUGGGGAGGAAUGGGGAGGUUACAAAGGCGGGGGAUUUUGCGAGGGGAGGAGUGGGCGCGCCGGAGAGGAGGGAUGAGACGUUUGCGAGGACGCAUGGGGGUGACGAUUCGGUGAGGGAUAAUAUUAGGAAUUGA